CAUGGCCCACAGUCGGGGGCACAGUUGAGGGGAGAGUCCGCCCAGCUCUCUGACGGACGGGGCCGCUGGUGGAUAGUUAUCACGCAUUCACGGGGUCGAGUGAACGGUCACGGCAGUGCAAUAACAGUGUAAGCCAAGUCUGAUACGGAGGUGCAACACCAUUCAAGAGGAGGCAGCAAUGUCACCUAAUCCCACAAAAGGUUUGCGAGACCUAAAAGGGGAGUUGAAGGGUCUGGAAGUGGACGAAAAGCUACUGGAUAUUAUGAAAAAGUGGAACUGCCUGACAGAGAAACAAGCCACGGAGUUGCAAGAAACGCCGAUGGCAAAUCGGGUAGACAGCAUGCUUUCCUUUCUGGACGGCAGAAGACCGAGGCAUUGGUCGCUCAUGAUCUGUGUGUUUUUGGAGCUUGGUCGUGAUGAGCUGGCCCUGAAAACCUGGAAAGCCGUGCAAACUCAGCUGAGGAUGCAGCUGAAUGUGACCAGCAGUCAACGACCAGACGCGAUGGACUUCUGGGAUGAGUUUGUUCGACGAAUGCUGGCAGCUCUGGUGUUGGACCAGCAUGAGAAGGAUCGAGAAGGAGUGGCGGGCGUCCCGAUUCUGAGUCUACCGAGCCCACAAAAAGAGACAGCCUCCAAAAUAUGGAAACAGAUAGUAAAUGAAGCUGCGGCGGAGAAAAACAAGCGUAUGUGGAUGUGGAAGAUGUUAGCCAGUCACUUGGCUGGUGCAGUGAAAGCCAGCAGGUGUAAGCAGAACGCCAUUGAAUCACAAACUAUUAAGGAGGUGUGGAACAUUCUGAUAGACAGUACACUCAAGCUGCUAAGAGAAGGACAGAGAGACCGCUGCUGUGUCAUGUUGAGACACCUCCUAGAAUCGGUCCGGACAGUCUUUGACGAAAAAGGGACGAAGUUCAUCAAUGAUCGGAUGAUUGAAGUGUGUCAUGAAAUUCAAGGAAAAAGCCAAAAGACAUUUGUGAAUGACAUUAGAAAGAUGCUUAUUGAACAUUGUCGGCUUCUGCUUGAGAAGGACCAUCAAAAAGCGGCGAAAGACGCAAUACUGCAUCUCAUCGAAAGCACUGGUACACUUGUGGAGACCAUGACAAAGACUGGCGCCACCAAAGCUGCUCUUCGUCUGUGGAAAGAACUAAUCGAACAGAUUUGCGGCCUUCCGUCAAAAAACAAACCGAUAAUAAAGGAUGAACUCUACAGGACAGUAACAGAGCUACAAAGGAAAGGCAUUGACUCCCAGCUUUUGGAAGGCAUGCGGGCUUCUAUUCCAAGUGAUUCAUGGCCCAAUACACCUCCUCCAAAACCGUCGACCAAAGCUUUGGUCGGGUCCGACCCUGGUCGCUAUCGUUUCAAACCUGGAACAACCAAUUUAGCUCUCGUCAUCAACAACGUGGACUUCAUCGAGAAAGAAGAAAAAAGGUGCGAGGGAGAAGGAAGGCCGGAGGAAGAAGAAAAAGAGGGGAAAAGAUCCGAGGAAGAAGAAAAGAAAAAAGCAAGGCGCGAUGGUAGUGAGAUGGAUGAGCUGGCGCUGACGUUCCUUCUGAAAAGACUUGGUUUUCAUGUGAAACAGAUGACAAAUCUUACCAAAGAUCGUCUUCUGGAGGAGAUAAGCGCAUUCGCCAAGCGUCCUGACCAUGAAGACGCGGAUGCAGCUGUGCUGGCGGUUAUGACGCACGGUGUCAAUGAAGCGCUGGAGGGACACGACCGUGAACUACUCUCUUUCCAGUCGGUGAUCGAUUGUUUCUGCGACGAGAACGCGCCGAACCUGGCUGGUAAGCCAAAGUGGCUGAUUUUCCAAGCGUGUCGCGACAAAAGCGAAGAGGAUGAGCGCAAGCGAGAUAAGCCAAUCAGUGAAGGGGGUAUGUCUUACAGCGACAUGUUCGUCACUUACACUGCUUUGCCGGGUCGUAAGGCGCUACGCAACAAUGUUCAGGGCGCCUGGUAUGUACACGCCCUCGAAAAAGCGUUCGACACGUCACUGUGCGAAUUUUCCUUACAAGAGAUCCACUCGGAAGUGCUGAACAACAUGCUUGCUAUGUGGAAUGACGACAGAUGUAAAGAAGAAAUCGAACAGCCAACGCUGGAUAUCCAACGUCUUGGAUGGACAAAAAGGCUGUAUUUCAAAGAGCCAGACGAUAAACGCGAGGUGCAUGUCGAGCCCGAGAGCUUCACUUCCAGUGCAACGACUCGUGAUCGGGGAUGCGAAGCGACGACAGCAACGCCGUCAACCUCUCUUUGUGCUACAGCGGACCUGUUUGCUGUAGCGCGCACCGGAGAGUGUCAGUCAGAGAGCGGACCUGAUCAUCACUCUGACCCGUACAGCGGAUGGAACUCCGGAUCACACAGCUCAGAGUCCGGCCGCUCUGCGCCGGCCGAGAGCCGUGGCGUCGAAGAGGCUAUGAGAAGUCCAACGCCUCAAAACAGCGGCGUCGGUGCAAAGGUUGACAACGUACUCCAGCUGCUGGCAUCCAUCUCACAGGAACAGCACGACUUUCGCACGUUCGUCACAUCUCAAUUCCGCGCUCUCAAUGACCGCUUACGGGAACUCGAGCUGCGCGUUGGGGAGCGGGACACCCAAGAUGCGGAGCGGAGCUCCCCCCGCUGAGGAAAGGGGCACAUGAAAGAGAAUGCGAAGUCCGACCUCCAGAUUCCGUGCCUAAUUCUGUCGGGUGGUGCUGACUGCUAAGGCUUCCAAUCGUUCAAUCAGCCGGGGAAGAUACAUAUGUCUCGAUAUCUGAUCGGUCACAUCCAGCCCCGGUGCGGGGCUGCGGUCGCUCUAACUUAUCCGCUGCGGCCUGGCUGCCACACUAGCCGGCGCGGCGCGCCGUGGCGGGCUGCGCGGGGAUGUUGCGCGCGCGAGGCAGUCGCAACAGUCAGAUAGUGGGUGCGGGAGAUUAUUGUGCGUACUGUUUUGAGCUGUUUGUGCUCGUCUGCCCGGCCUUGACUUUUCCGGUAAGCCCCGGAAGGCACUUUGUUUACCUGUGAACCAAUUGGGUCUUUUACUCUUUCAUAUAUGUCAAAAGUGUUGCGUUCACCUAUAUUUAUAAAUAUAUGUGAUUGUAGGCA